UGUUACCAGCGUUUUCUGCAGGUUAAUUUGUUGCAGGGUUGUGCUCCUUACACAAUUCGGAGCAAAUUUUUUCUCACAGCUAGUGGCAUCUGUAUCGGAUUUGUCGAAGGCUCGAGUUGCUGCGGAAAAUGUCCUUUCCGUACUGAAAGAAGGAGCCGUCGAUUUCGACAAUCUCAGUGAGGAAGGACAGCGACCUAAGCUGGAGGGAACCAUCAAAUUCAAAGACGUCUCGUUUCGUUAUCCAACACGGCCUGUCGUUCCUAUUCUUGACAAAUUGCACUUGGAGAUCCGCGCCGGUCAGUCUGUUGCACUUGUUGGUCCCUCUGGAUCUGGAAAAACCUCCGUUAUGGCCCUCAUCCAACGACUAUAUAACGCUACAGAUGGAGAAGUGCUUAUGGACAAGUAUAAUGUAAGGUCAAUCAAUCCUGCGUACCUUCGAAGGAUGGUUGUUUCUGUUGGCCAGGAGCCAACCUUGUUUUCUUUCACAAUAAAGGAGAACAUCGCCUAUGGCAUGAUGGAAAGUGAAGUGACAAUGGAAAAAAUUCAAGAAGCAGCAAAAAUAGCUAACAUUCACGAUUUUAUAAUGUCGUUGCCACAGGUGUGA